AUGUUUUUGGAUGGCAACCUUGUCGUCUGGAAAUGGCAAGAGUUUCGAUUGACUGCAGCUCAAGAAAUGCGUCAAUAUUUCAACUUGGACGAGGAACUGCAAAGUCAAUUAGAUCAGGCAGCUGAUGACCUCCAAGAACAAGACAACAUUGACAACGACAACUCGGCCAAUCAUCUAAACAACGGAAGAGAUCUCGGCACUGAUUCUACCAAUUUACCCCUUGUUAAUCCCUGUCAACUGAAUCGGCUACAACAAAUGUGGUUCUACAUGGUUUUAGAGGCUCUGAAAUCUCGCACGCAGUUCUUAUUUAUUGUCAAUGGCACUGCUGGUAUUGGCAAAACGUUCGUUAUUGCAGAAAUAUCCAGUGUUGUCCCUAAGGAACAUCUCGUCUGUUCGGCUUUCACUGAGAAAGCUGCCUAUCUCAUUCGCGGAAAAAUUGACGCUCGUCUUCGUGAAGCCAAAUGCAGCAACAGUUUCUUUGGUGGGCUGGCCGUUGUAUUGGUUGGAGAUCCAGCUCAGCUUCCACCUGUAGUUAGUCCUUCUCUCUAUUCGCAGCAAUCGACAGCACCGUUUACUAACGAGGGUCGGGCUGCUUACUUGGCUUUCCAAUUCGUCAUCAAGUUGACAGAAUUUCGACGGCUUGAAGUUGAACUGUUCCUUGAGAUUGGAGCCCAAGUGACGUUAUUAUCCAACAUCAACAUGGCUGAGGGUUUCACUAACGGUGCCAAAAAUACCGUGGUUGACAUCGUCUACUCAAAACAGCCCAAUGUUGAUCUGCCUGAUUUCAUCAUUAAUAUACGUGAGAGAAGAGGACACGGUUUACUGUGUCUAAUUUAUUCAACUUUGAAAACUAGGAGCCGAAAGGUCUCCAAAACAUCCAGCAAAAUAGGAAAACGAUCGCAGAGGAUCAAGAGGGCGCUGCUGCGCAAAGCGGGGCUGCUGCCAGCGUGGGUGGAACCGCCACCACGUCCACAACCAAGGGAGCCGAUCCCGCUCGAGCAGCUACCACCAGGUGCCCUAGUGCCUCAGCUAGCACCGUUUUUGGAAAUUGCUAGGAGGCACCUCAACGUGGAAGAACUUGCCGACGCUCUCCGCCCGAGAUUUUGGGGCGACAUACGCUACCGGCCAGAAGAGGAACCGGCCCCACAACCGGUUCCACCACCGGCUCAAGAUUUACUGCCGGUCGUGAUUGAAGAACCGGAAGCUGAUCAGGAGCCGAUCCAGGCACCUCCGCCCGAAAUUCAACAACGCCAAGUACGAUAUCGCGAGCAGCACGUUGGAAGGGGUCUACUUCGCCGAGUAGUCUUCCUUCCAGUGAGACAGGAGGAAGCAGCCGCUGCUGCAGCCCCAAACCAGCAGUCGGAAAGCGAGUCGGAGGAAGAAGCAGCCGCUGCUGCAGCCCCAAACCAGCAGUCGGAAAGCGAGUCGGAGGAGGAAGCAGCCGCUGCUGCAGCCCCAAACCAGCAACAAGGAAGUGAGUCGGAGGAAGACGAGAUCCAGCUGUGCCACGAAAGCUCGUCAACGGACGACAGCUCGUCAGAAGAGUCAACGGACGAAGACAGGCGCCAUUUUGAAAGAGAAUUGGAGGCCAAUCCGGCUCUGAGAAGAGCGUACGAGAGGAGCGAAACAGCAAGGAGAGAGCGAGGCCGUUUCAACACCCGUCCGGGCCACCUCUACACAAGAAGAAAUACCAGAGGAAGGGAGCAGAGGAACCCAACCAAUUAAGUAAAUCUAAUUGUAUUCUUGAACAUGGCGGCUCCAACCGCUAAAUACAAUUAUUGAAUGAA